CAUGGUAAGUUAUGUCAGCUAUGCCAGAUAUAGUGGAGGUCCCUAGGUUAUUGUUAAGAACAAUAAUUCUUCCUAUUGGUAAUGAGAGCAGGAUCGCUUCUCCAGGAUUCUUUGACUGUUUCUAACCUUCGCACAAAAACACAAUCCAUCAUCUUAUCUUGAUACACAAAUCCUAAGAGCGUCAUGAUUAUCCGAAUCGUUAAUCUUAUCUUCGGAAUGGUUUGGACCUCCCUUUCGAAUGCGACUACCGGAGUUCAGUUAAGUAUACUUUCGCAAAAUGUCCGCCCGACAGGCUGCUUUCGUUACGUUCGUCAGCAUCUUGACGCUAGCAUCGCUUGGUACGGUUAGUGCGCAGAAUGACCCGUCCAGACCCAUCAUCGACAGCCCGGCCGGGCAGCUUCAAGGUACAACGGAGUCGUGCGGAUUGUUCUGCAGCUACUACGCAUUCAAGGGAGUGCCGUAUGCGGAGCCUCCGGUAGGAUCAUUACGCUUUCGCAAUCCUGUCCCGCGCGCAAGCUGGCCAGGUGUGCGCGAUGCCAGCAGCCAUGGUGCCGAGUGUCUCCAACUGUCCAUUAUCCCUGGACAGCUGCGUGGUAGCGAGGACUGUCUGUAUCUAAACAUUUACACCCAGCAGCUCAUCGGGACGCGUCCGGUAAUGGUUUGGAUACACGGUGGCGGUUACAACGCCAACUCGGGCAACAGCGACGAGUUUGGGCCGGAAAAGUUGGUCCAGGAAAAUGUGCUACUCGUAACGCUCAACUAUCGGCUGGGUGUGCUCGGGUUUCUUAGUACCGGAGAUCGCUAUGCCGCUGGUAACUGGGGACUGAAGGAUUGUUUGCAGGCGCUGCGCUGGGUACGAGCCAACAUCCGGGCGUUCGGUGGUGAUCCGGACAAUGUAACAAUCUUUGGAAAUUCGGCCGGCGCUGCAUUGGUACAUCUGCUGACGCUUGUCGACGCGAGCCAAGGGUUGUUCCAUAAAGCGAUUGCACAGAGCAGCACGGCACUCGUACCGUACGCCUUCCAGCCGAGACCACGAUUUUACGCCGAUCGGAUUGCGUCCGCGCUCGGGUUUGGCACGGACAGCACCACCUACGUCGAACAACUGCGAACGGUACCGGCGGAACAGUUUGUUCCGUUUCAGCAGGCUGGACUCACCGUUCCAGUACCGAGAUUUCUUCGCCCCAGUGACUUUGGACCGGUGGUGGAGCCUAGUGACGCACCGGAGGAGAUCCUCAUACGGCAGCGCCCGAUAGAGCUUAUCCGAAACGGAGCCCAUCGAGUUCCGCUCAUCGUCGGGUACAACGAUCUGGAGGGUGCGUUUUUCACCGCCUUUGAAAAUGCGAUCGAUCCGACGGUUAAAGGACAGUUCAACGCGAACCCUCAUCUGUUGGUGCCCAUGUUUUGGAACGUCGGAGAGGGAACCGCCGCAUCCGGCCAGAUAAGCGGUGCGUUUCGGAAUCAUUACUGGCAGAGUCGACCGUUGGAUGCCAGCUUGGAUUACGAGUGGACGGUGUACCAGUCCGAUCAUUUGUUCCUGUUCGCGAUCGAUCAAACGGUUCGGUUCCACGCACAAUCGUCUACCGUUCCCAUGUACUACUAUCAGUUCUCGUACGAUGGUGACUUGAAUUUGUACAAGAAACUGUUUGGCGUGCAGCAUCCGGGAGCGAUCCAUACGGACGAGCUUCCGUACUUGUUCCACAUACCGUCCGCCAUGCUGGUACCGGUUUCACCCGACAGUCAUGCCAACACGGUAAGCAGCCGUCUCGUCCGGAUGUGGACAAACUUUGCCAGAACCGGCAACCCUACUCCAACUCAAGACCCGUUGCUACAAAACGUGCAAUGGCCUUCGAUGGGAGCAACAGGGACAGGAUAUCUAUCGAUUGGACACGAUCUAAUGCUGGCCCAGCAAACUCCCAAUCCGACCCGUAUGAACCUAUGGUACGAUCUACAGCGCACGUAUGCAAAUGCCCCAUUCGAACUAUGAAUCACUACGCGACUUACCUUAACAAAACCGAACGAAUAAACAUCUGCAACACGACCUCAACACGAUUUCAAUAGGCUUCGAA